AUGGAUUUUCGCUCAGUUCCCGCAUACAACCGAGAAAGAGUAUCAUAUCAGAUCGUUCGAAACAAUUACUGCGAAAGAAAAAACGGUACCCAGUUGUUAUAUGAUUUCGUCCUCACUAUCAUCGGACGCAGCAUUGAGAAGCAACUGAUCAGCAGCAGCUUCAACUUGAGCUAACAACGAGUAACGUGCGGCACGUUCGUCCCAUCGCUCGAAUACUACACCGUUUCCAAGACUUGAGAAUAUAGGCAACAGCCACAAUUUCCGGUCGUAGCCGAAAACCUCUCUGUAAUUGGCACGUAUACCGUGGUCGAACGCGCGUUUAUCGGGACCUCCUUCUAGCAUCGGAGCACGGAAUGAUUCAACUGUCGUCCUAUUUCUCGCUGUUAGGUAGAGGUGAUAGAAGAAAAGAAACGAGAGUGAUAUGGCGAACAUUCCGGAAACGAAAACCAGAAAUAGUAUGUGGAUUUUGCUCGUCUUCAGAUUGCGUUCGUGAUAAUCUCGAGUCCAAAACUGUAUAAAGUACGGCAAGUCAGUAAAAAAGACGAAGAUGCAGAAAACAAAACCAUAUCUGAAUGGAAAUGAUGUAAAAAGGAAUAUCUGUUUUCCGACAUCAACUAUACAUACGGCUUACCCAAGAAAUAAGAGAAAAAAUUUGUAGUUAUAAAAAUUGACGCAAUUGUUGACCCAUGGGCAAUGAUGAUCAAACUUCAGAACACACUGCCCACAUAUGGAGCAAUGGUGAGCUCGAUCUGGCUUUAUACAUUUACAUUUUGCACAAUACCGUAUCCCUGA